UCAAAUAGUGGAAAGCAAAGACGAGCGAGGCGAGUCGUCGUCGAAGGGAUGGGAAGGAGAACGAGAUCCGCGGCCGCCAUGGCGAUCGUUCCGCUCCUCCUCCUCUCCUUUUUUCAUUUACUCCAAUUUGUCUCUUCUACGCAGGAGAUUCGAGUCCUCAGCGCGGAGAAAAGGAUCGACUUGACUUCGCCAAUCGCAAGGGUUUUCUUGACUUUGAAGGUGGAAAACUAUGGUGCACCUGAAGUUCCUGAAAUUCUUAUUGCUUUCUCACCGACUGAGUCUGAACAUUUGGCAAUUCUUAAAGCAUCCACCGUAGAAGGGAAACGCAAGAAGAAGACUUACGUGCCUCUUUCAGUGAGUCCUGUUUCCUCUCCUGAUGCACCUAAUGGUGCUCAGCUCUACUCUGUUACGUUACGCAGUCCAUUGCAAUCCGGUGAGACGACCACAGUGGAAGCACUUUAUGUGCUAACUCAUUCCCUCGAGCCCUUUCCAACUGAGAUUAGCCAAUCAGAACCACAGCUUGUUUACUACCGUGAUAGUGCAACUAUUCUGUCACCUUACACGAUUGUGGAGCAAACUGUAUAUAUAAAAACUCCUAGCAGUAAGGUUGAAUCGUAUACAAAAGUAGAACCAACUGCUCGUUCUGGUUCUGAGACAAGAUAUGGACCUUACCAUGAUCGUUUGCCAUAUUCAUUCUCUCCAGUAAUUGUACACUUUGAGAAUAACAAUCCAUUUGCUGUUGUUGAAGAACUUGUGCGUGAGAUAGAAAUUUCACACUGGGGAAACCUUCAGAUUAGGGACCACUACAGAUUGAAACAUGCUGGUGCACGACAUAAAGGAGUUUUUUCAAGGCUUGAUUAUCAGUUUAGGCAAUCACUCAGUGCUUCCUUCAAAACUCUGCUUGCAAUGUUGCCACCUAGAGUUCACUCAGUCUACUACCGUGAUGAUAUUGGGAACAUCUCAUCAUCUCAUUUGCGAAUUAAUUCUCAAAAGUCGGAACUAGAAAUUGAACCUAGGUACCCAUUAUUUGGAGGGUGGAAGGCCACUUUCACUAUCGGCUAUGGGCUACCAUUGCAAGAUUUUCUGUUUGAAUCAUCUGAUGGCCGGCGUUAUCUUAACUUCAGUUUUGGAUGCCCUCUGAUUGAAACGGUGGUUGAUGACCUAACAGUUAAAGUUAUUCUUCCUGAGGGAUCAAGAAAUCCUACAGCUGCAGUUCCCUUUCCAGUGAAUCAACAUCUUGAGAUGACUUAUUCAUAUCUCGAUGUUGUUGGGAGGACAACAUUGGUGCUCCAGAAGAGAAAUGUUGUACCAGAGCAUAACUACCCAUUCCAGGUCUAUUAUGAUUUCAACCCAAUCUUCAUGCUUGCGGAGCCCUUGAUGUUGGUAUCUUCUGUUUUCUUAUUCUUUGUUGCGUAUAUCGCGUACGUUCAUAUCGAUCUAUCCAUCAGGAGGCCAUUGAAGACCAACUCAUAAAAUAAACUGUUACGAAUUGUUAGAUGUGAGGUUGUCAUUUAUAAUCCAAACGCUUCAAGGUAGAAGAAAAGAGUCCCAACAACUUUUACUAGUUCAGCGAGUGUUCUAGAAUUCAUUAUCACUUUAUCUAAACCCCUUUGUAGUACUUUUUUGGGUGCUCCGACAAUUUUGGAUUCUGCUGCUUUAUCGUAGCAAUAAUUUAAUUUCGUGUCUUUUUUAUUUUA